AUGCAGACUCUGCAUUGGUCCAUUGUAGUCCAGAGAGAGCAGAACCGAAAGGAUGUUGACAAAGGAGGAGGAGGAGAAAGAGACUUGAAAAGCCGGCCCGGUCAGGCGCUCUCCCUGACUGAGAUGGCAGAGGAGGCCGAGCUGUGCUUCCCACUGCUCGCCAACACCUCCUGCAGGAGGACACCGCGUCCUCGCUCAGCCGUCAUCGGGGUGUCCCUGCUGCUGUCGGUCAUGUCUCUGCUCACCAUCAUUCUCAACCUGCUGGUCAUCAUCUCCAUCGCUCACUUUAGACAGCUGCAGACCACGACCAACCUGUUGCUGCUUUCUCUGGCCAGUUCCGACUUCUUAGUGGGCUUCUUCAUGUUGUUUCAGAUCUUUCUUCUGGACAGUUGCUGGUUGUUUGGGGACCUGAUGUGCGCUCUGUUGUACAUUCUAGAUCACGUGAUAACAUCUGCCUCCAUUGGGAGCAUGGUGCUCAUAUCAGUGGAGCGCUACGUAGCCAUCUGUGACCCUCUUGGUUACCCCAUCAGGGUCACCAAGAGAAGAGUGGGGAUCUCCAUCGUUGUGUGCUGGUCACUUUCGUCCGUCUUCAACAUUGCGUGUUCGGUUGACACUCUGCAGCAGCCCGGCAGGGCCAUCUCCUGUGUAGGCGAGUGUCUGAUCAUCGUCACUCCCGCUGCAGGACUAGCGGACCUGUUUUUCUCCUUUGUAGGCCCAAUCACCACCAUCGUGAUGCUGAAUAUGCGAGUGUUUGUGGUCGCCAUGUCUCAGGCACGUGUUGCACACUCCCGUGUGGGGGUUGUCACGGCAAGGCCCUCGCAUGUCCCCAAGAGCUCGGAGCUGAAGGCGGCCAGGACCCUCGGGGUGGUGGUGGCCGUGUUUGUGGUGUGCAUAAUGCCCUUCUUCUGCGUGGUCAUCUCGGGCCAGGACGUCAUGCUCAACGCGUUAUCAUCGGCCGUUAUAACCUGCUUGUUCUACUUCAACUCCUGUCUCAACCCGCUGAUCUAUGCUAUCUUCUACCCCUGGUUCAGGAGGUCCAUCAAGCUCAUCGUGACGCUUCAGAUUGUCCAGCCUGACUCCAGCAUGGCCAACUUACUGUAG